AACUGCAGAAAUUCAUGCACAAAAUAUGCAAUUUUUUGCAGUAAUUUUUGCAUAAUUUUUUUCCUAUGGGUAAUGUCUAUUUGACUGUGUUUUAUCAAAAUUAAUAUUAUUUUGGCUGUGUUCCAAAAUUCACUGCCAGUACUGAAAAUCUAUAGUCUAUAGUAGUAAAAUCUAUAGUUACACAUACUAUAAAUUUUCAGUACUGGCAGUGAAUUUUGAAACACAGCCUUAAUCAUGUUUUCAUUUUAUAUAUGAUGUAUUACAGUUUACUAGAAGAGUUUGUGCUUUUUAUAUAUAAAAACUUUUUAAUUUAUAUAUGUAUAUAUAUAAUAUAUAUACACACACACACAUACAAUAUAUAAGUUAUCCACUAUUUUUCAAAUUAUAAUUUUCAGAUUGGAUUAAGUAACAAACUCAACAAAUUGUGUAAAAAACAUACAUGUUUAGAUUAGCACUUAAUUAUUAGCAAAACAUACUGUUAAGAAACGAAAUAGAUAACUUCUCAAUAGUAACUGAAACGUGGGUCUGACAUUGUCGCGGACGGAAAAGUACGGAAUGAUAGGUUGGGGUUUUUAUCAUUAACUCUUGUACUGCUUGUGUGCGAGGAAGACUGAACGGGACACGGGACGCGACACGACACGACAUCGUGUCGAAGAAGUUUUGCGAGUUUAAUACGGUUUAGAGCUGCCUCGAUUCGGAAGGGAAAAUGCCUGAGCAAAAUGUCAGUGAUCAGUAUCCAACAUGGGUAAGGAAAAGCGUCUAGCUUGAAUCUCGAAUCUUCACAUCUCCAAUGAAAAUACAUAUGGCGUAGCGCAUUUGCUGACAUUUACUGAUUCUAACCUCAGUCAGUAAACAGUAAAUGUCGGACUCAUAUACAUCUUCAAUCUCAUCGUUGGGACAGGUGCUUUGACUUUACCCGCUGUAUUUAGUCGAGCAGGAUGGGCACUUGGAUUAAGCGUCAUUUUAGUGUUAGCAUUCAUCAGGUUUUACAGACAAUAGGUGAAUCUGGUCUUUCCAAUUCAGAUUCGGAGGACACCCCGCUGGUAGCUCCUCUUUCAACUAGUCCAGAUCAUUUGGAUAUGACUAACAGUUAUUAUGUAAUUCAGGAUAAAAUAGAGAUGGGACAGAUGGCAUCAAUCUUUUUCAACAGAUUUGGCACAACUCUAUUCUAUUUAUGUUUUGCCAUAUAUCUAUAUGGAGAUUUAAGCAUUUAUGGUGCAGCAGUUGCAAAGUCAUUAGUAGAUGUCGCUUGCACUUAUUUGCCAAAAAAUCUUACUUGCAAUGAUACUAUACCAGAUACGGAACUUUGUUGGGAAGGUCUCAUGUUUAAUCGACUAGAUACAUAUAGAAUAUAUUUGACUAUUUUUGUUUUAUUAUUGGGUCCAUUUGUAUUCUUCAAUGUCCAAAAGACAAGACAUCUUCAAAUACUCACUUCGGUAAUGCGAUGGCUCGCAUUCACUGUAAUGAUUGCAUAUGCUUUAAAAAAUCUUGUUGUGUAUGGUCCUCGUGGUGAUCCACCUGUUGCUAAUUUAGCUGGAAUUCCCAGUCUUUUCGGAGCUUGCGUUUAUUCUUUCAUGUGUCAUCAUUCGUUACCGGCCCUGGUUGCACCAAUAGUGAAUAAAUCUAAACUAAGUCGAUUUCUCGCUUUUGAUUACACCCUAAUCGUUCUCUUUUAUUUAUUAUUGGCUUUAACUGGUAUAUUCGCGUUUGAACGUUUGGAUGAUCUUUAUACUUUGGAUUUUGGGCCACGUGUUUUGGGCGAUUGUUCCAAAAGUGACAAUAUUUCCAUGCUCCUUAUGGAGUAUUUCUUAGCCCUUUUCCCAGUGUUUACUUUGAGUACCAGUUUUCCCAUUAUAGCAAUUACCCUCCGAAAUAAUUUACAAUCGCUUUUUUUAAAAGAGGACACAUCUUACAAUUUACGUCUUCAGAAACUCGUCUUCCCCAUCUUGGCGGUAGUACCACCGUAUCUGAUCGCGAUGAUUACUAAAGAUCUGUCGAUAUUAGUUAGUAUCACAGGCUCAUAUGCUGGAGCAGGAAUACAAUAUUUAAUACCUACGUUCUUGGUUUAUUAUGCCAGACAAAAGACUAACAAAGUUAUCGGCCUCAGAGUCAUUAACAAAUUCGGAAGUCCUUUUUCAGGCAGAUGUUGGUUAAUUUUUGUUAUAGCAUGGGCUAUUACUUGUAUGAUUUUAGUUUCGGUCAAUUUCAUACAAAUACAUUUGCAAUCUUGGAUUAGUCAAUAACAAAAUAAAAAUUAUUAUUUAUAUCUUAAUGAAAAGAGAACUUGAUUUUUAUGACAUAAAUUUUGUAAAGAGAGAUAUAUACAAAAUACAUGUUUUACGAAAGUUGACUAUACAUCUCCAUUGAUAUAGUUAAAAAAUGUGAAUAUCAUACAGUAUAUAUAAUUAUUGAAGCAAGACUCAAUCGAUAUUAGUAUAGUAGGUCUUGUGAGCUGAAUGACGACUAAAACGAUAAUUGUUAUAGUGCGAUCUGUAACGUGAUUGAAUCGCGAUUUAUGAAAUAUUAAAAAUUUCAACAUGGGAUAUCCAUGAAAUAAGGCAAUCGUUCUUUGUGACAGGAUAUGUUUAUAUGUACACGUUUAUACGACAAAGUCGACAUGUAUAGAUGAAAUGUCGAAUAAGUUUAAUAUAGAAUCUAUAGUGAUGUAAAAAUCUGUAGAAAAAAAAUUUUUUUUUUGUAAAGUCAUGAAACAGAUAUCCGUGAUUUCUUUAUUAUAUUGAAGUUAUAACAGUUCGUCAUUGUACUUUUUUUAUAAGUUAUAAAAUAAUUUAUUUGCUGUGUAUAAUAAAAUAAUGUUAGCGUAUGUGAUAUAGCGGCAAUAGCAAAGGUAUAUGAUACAAUUUAUUUUUUUUUUUUUUUUUUUUUUUUUUUUUGAGAUUGUAUUUUUGUACAAGAUACGUAUGAAACUGCCAAAAAGAUAUUUGUAAUAUACCUCUCACAUCUGUGUACCUGUGUAAGUGUAGCGUACAAUGAAUAUUGUGGGUGUGUGCAUACGCACACAUACGUGUGUAUGUGUAUAUAUAUGUAUAUUUCUUUUCAAUAGCAAUUGAAACCAAUAAUAAAUAGUUGAUUAUACUCUCUAAA